CACGAGGCCCUGCUGGAGCCCGGGAGGCUCAAGCUGCCGUGUCAAUCAUCCUGAUCUCAUCUGUUGGCCCCGCCCCCCAGACACACUCCCUCACUCCGGCUGUCUCCACUUCUCUCUCGGCUACGACCUGGCUUCACGCUUCUGAUCCUGUGCUGCUAUGGAGUCGUCCGGCACGUCGGUGGAGGCAGGGCUUCCUCUGCAGACUGCGCUUCAGCCUCCAGACCAGGAGACGGCGCUUUCACCCAGCAGUGACCCCCCGGUGGUGGUGGACCCCGUGGAUCCCAUGGAGGAGUUUGGCCGACGCCUGAGUGACAUCAUCCUGAACCACGGCUCGGCUCAGGCGUUCUCUGACGAAGACAAGAUGGAGGACGAGGACUCAGAUGUGUCCAAGCUGCUGCAGACCCUGGAGCAGCUGUCGUCCCCGGAGGACAAGGUGGAGGAGCUGCUGCAGAGAUUCACACGGCUGGCUCUCUCUCACCAGCGGCAGCAGGGCGAGCGCUGCAGCAGCCAGGCCGCGCGACUGGAGCUGGAGCGGCUGUGCAGAGACCUGACGUCGUACUUCGCCGUGGUCCGAGAGGAGGCUCUGCAGCGCUCCCUGCAGGAUGCGGAGAAGCGCGCUGACUUCCAGAAGAUGCUGACGGAGAUCCAGAGCCAGAUCCAGACGCACAGCGCUCGCAACGACAAGCUGUGCCGAGAAAACGCCGCGCUGACGGAGAAACUGGAGACUCUGGUGAGCCAGAGUCAGCAGAGAGACGAGAGUCUGGAGAAGAUGGACAAGCAUCACGAGCUGCAGCUGCGACUGGCCGAGGCCAAACUGCAGCAGGCGGAAGCUCAGCUGGCCGACGCCACCGACAGACACAAGAGGGAGAAAGAAUACUUACUUAGAGAAGCCAUAGAGAAAACAAAGAAAUGCUUCACAAUGAAGGAGCAGGAGCUGAACAUGAAGAAGAAGCUGACGCUCUACUCUCAGAAGUUUGACGAGUUCCAGGAGACUUUGUCAAAGAGCAAUGAGAUCUACGUUCGCUUCAAGAAGGAGAUGGAGAACAUGUCAGAGAAGAUGAAGAAGCUGGAGAAGGAGUCCAACGUCUGGAAGACCAGGUUCGAGAACUGCAACAAGGCUCUGAACGAUGUGAUGCAGGAGAGGACGGAACGGGGUCACGAGUACGACGUCUUUGUCCUGAAGAUCCAGAGGCUGGAGAAGUUGUGCCGGGCGCUGCAGGAGGAGAGGAGCGGUCUCUACCGCAAGAUCAAGGAGGUCCAGCAGGCCCAGAGCCAGGGCUGUGCCCAGGUGCAGGAGGCUGACCCUGUUCUGUGCGACAACAUGGCCCGGCUGAAGGAGGAGCAGCUGAAACUGCAGGAGUUUGCAGCUGCGCUGCUGAGCUCCCCUGCUGCCGCCGAGGAGGAAGAAGAGCAGGAGGAAGAGGAGCUUCCACUGGACCAAGACCUGCUCGCUUCUGCCUUCCUCCACUUCCAAACCAAAACCUCAGAGGCACCAGGACCCGCAGCGGAGGAGCUGCCCGCCACCUUGGAGCCAGAAGAGGCCAAGAACCCAGAGACACAGAGUCACAGAGACCAGUGAAGAAGACAUGCCUGUGUGUGUGUGUGUGUGUGUGUGUGUUCCCGUUCUUCUUUCUUUGUGAGAACUAGUGUGAGUUUUGAACCAACACCUUGGCCUCAUGUCUGUAACAUCAGUCUGAGGGUUCACCCCUCAAAAUACCUGGGUCUCAGUCUGGUUAGGUUUAGGAAGAGGGGCUGGGGAAAGGGUGAUGGCCGUGAGAGGUCCCCGCAAGGACGGAGAGACAAAUAUGUGUGUUUUCAUUUGAGGCUCUGAAGCGUCUCAGCAGAUCAGACUGUUCAAUAGACUUGAAAUAAAGAGUUUCCUGCUCACAGAUGUUGAUGGUGAAGAUGAUGAUGGUGAUGAUGACGACGAUGAUGAUGGUGAUGAUGAUGAUGAGGAUGAGGAUGAAGAUGAAAAUUUGGUGAUGAAGAUGAGGAUGGUGAUGGUGAUGAAGAUGUGAUGAUGAGGAUGAUGAGGAUCAAGAUGAUGUAGAUGACGGUGAUGAAGGUGCCGACAGACUUGACUCUGAAACCUGUGUUUCCACCUCAGAACUGGCUGACAGGUAGGAAUGGAGCUGAUUGGUUGUUGUCUUUUAUUUAAAAUCUUUUCAGCCAGUAAAAAGUUGUUGCUGCUGCGUCACCAUGGAAACUUGACCCCACUGUCACUCAGGCCAGACUUGCAGCACCUCCUGCUGGUGACCUAGAGCCACGACAAGUGUGUGUGUGAGCGUGUUCGGGAGAGAGUGUGCGUGAAUGUGUAACAUGUACAUGUGCGUGCGUGCGUGUGUGUUUGUUGCGUAAACCCAACAAGACAGAGGAAAGACAUGCAGACGAGGAAACACAUGGACAGAGCAGAGCAGAGACGUUGAA